GCCUUCUGUACCCACCUGUGCCAAGUCCCAGAGCCCUCAGAUCCAUCACGGCUCCCUUUCAUCCCGGUGCCAUGUCCCACCUGUUACUCCUGAGCCUCUUGCUGGCCGGGGUGCCACCCGGGGGCACCUCCGAGCCCUGGAAGGGAGACCUUGCAAGAGAGCAGGCACUUGAAUUUUCUGCCGUGACUCUCAACGAAAGCUGUCGGGAGGAAACUCUCCAGCGAGCGAGGGCCAUUACGUGCCAGUUGCUGCGGUUAGAUCGCCCGCCCCGGCUGACGGCCAGCAUGACACGCCAGGCGCGAGAAGCAUGGGCCAAGGAAGCCACACGGUCUCAGGACCCUUCCAUCGGGGGAGAGCAUCUUAAUAUAACCACCAAUCAGACACUGCUGAUCCGAAGAGGGGGCUGCCUGCAGAUCUCUCAGUACGUCACCCUGGAUGAUCUUGGCUGGCAGAGCUGGGUGCUGAGCCCCAGUUCCUUCAUCUUCACUGAAUGCCUGGGGUGCCACUGCCACAGGAAGAAAGAAGAGGCUCAGCUGCACCUUUGGAGCCAGGCAUGUGGCCUCCAGCAGCCAAGCCAUCAAGCCCAGGUGGAUGCCCAACAGAGACGCUGCUGUCGCCAGCCCAAGACUUUGCUCCCCUUCGUGUUCCUCAAAGAGGACGGCUCCUUGAACAUCCAGACGGUCCGCCUGAUGCACGAUUGCCACUGCCGGCCCUGAGCUCGCCCCUCGCCCCUCG